AUGGCGGAGUGGGUCCCACCCACCACCUCCGCCUCCGCCUCCGCCUCCCGUCCUCCUCUCCCGCAACCACCUCCAGACCUUACCACCAAGCCCCUUUCCGAGCCCGAGCCUCCUUUUUGUUCCGAAACCUACAUUGUCCAAGUCCCAAAGGAACAAAUCUAUCGCAUACCACCUCCGGAGAAUGCCUACCUCGCCGAGCAGUACAAGAACAACCUCAACCGUCGACGCAAAAGCCCAUGCCUCACCUACCUCCCUUGGCUCCUCGCUGUCAUUGCUGCCAUCGGCAUCACCAUUGGCAUUGUUGCUCUUGUGUUCUACCUUGUUGUGAGACCCGGUGCUCCCGAAGUAUCAAUUGAGGCAUUUGCUGCCAAGAAUCUAAAACCUUCGCAGCAGAUGGGAGAAACCUGAGUAUGAUAUCUCGAUGAAGACAUUAAAUCCAAGUGUGAAUAUGGGCUACAUUUACAGUAGCGGAGGAAAGGCAAGUAUGUCUCACAAAGGUGUUGUGAUUGCCUCCGGUGAGCCACCGUGGUUUGAUCAACCAUCACACAAUGAGACUACAUUCCAUUUAGUUCUUCGGGGGUCGAGCAAUACGUUGCCUAAGGAGAUUCAAAGGAGCUUGAAAGGGCCGAAGGAUAUAGUCGCCUUAUCUCUUUCGGUGAACUAUGAGGUGAGAUUGAAAAUUGGAGUGAUAGAGUCGAGCAAAAGUAUGAGCAUUCAGUGCGAUUUUAGGGCUGAGCAAGUUCGCUAAGGGGAUGAAAAUUGUGUCACAGGAAUGCAGUGUUAAGCUCGGGCAAUGACAAAGGUGGUGCUAGUAGAGUGUUAUUGAUAAUGGAAAUUGAUUUCUCUUGAGAUUUUUGGUGUUCUUUCUUCCCUUUUUUUUUCUCCAUUUCGGUUGGAUUUUUCAGUUCACUUACU